AGAUAUAAGGUGAGUGUGUGUGUAGGGUGCUGCUUGUUUAAGUCCAGUCAUCCAUCCAUUCAGCUGGUGAGGGGUGUGUAUGGGAAUUUGUGUGCAGGAUUGCCCAGAUCCCCGAGAUUAUCCCAUAUACAACUGAAAAGGAAAGGUGAAGGCCAUGGCUGUGGCUCCUUUCCUGGUGAUUUUAGUACAAGUGGUAUUAUUACCAUCUGUUUUUGGAGGAGCAUAUUAUGGGCACAAACCACAUCAUCAACAGCACCAGCCUGUACCUCUUAUACCUCACAAAGGUAUAGGAAAAGAGAUGCCUCAUAUGCAGUAUCCACAUUACAGGAAAGAAAUGCCACAAUUACCCAUGCAUAUGAACAAAGGCAAGGACAAAAAAGGUGAGACCAUCCCUAGAGGUGAGCAGGGUAUUCCAGGUGAAGUUGGACCACAAGGACCACCAGGACCACAAGGACCACCAGGGCCUCCUGGUCCUCAGGGAAAUGGUAUGCCAGGUCCUCCAGGAAAUCCAGGUUCUCCUGGCCCUCCAGGGUUGCCUGGUGUUGGUAAACCAGGAAUGCCAGGCAUGCCAGGGAGGCCUGGUGAUAAGGGACCAACAGGAGAACAAGGUGAACAGGGACCUAUUGGAGCAGAGGGGCUACCGGGCAUGACAGGACCACCUGGACCCCCUGGACCCCCGGGCUUGCCAGGAAUUGGGAAGCCAGGUGGCCAAGGACUACCAGGAAUGACAGGACCCAAAGGAGAACCAGGGCACAAAGGUCUACCUGGUCUUCCAGGGCUGCCUGGGCCUAAAGGGGAUAAGGGAAUCGGACAUCCUGGGCCACAAGGUCCAAAAGGCCCACCUGGGCCCCCAGGACUACCUGGGCAUAAAGGAUUGCCAGGGGUGGGUAAGCCUGGACCGCCUGGUUUGCCAGGAGCACCAGGGAAACAAGGACAACCUGGACCAGCUGGACCAGCUGGUCCAGGAGGUCCACCAGGUUUGGAGGGCAAACAAGGACCACAAGGACUGCCUGGCAUUGGGAAACCAGGUGAGGGAGGAUUGCCAGGACAGCCAGGUGUCCCAGGCCAUAAGGGACUACCAGGACCGCCAGGUUUGCCAGGGAAGCCUGGAUUACCAGGAUUUGGAAAACCAGGAUACCCUGGGCCAAAGGGUGACAAAGGAAUGGGGGGACCACCCGGUCCUUCAGGACCAAAAGGUGACAAAGGAAGCGAAGGCCCUCCUGGUCUGGUAGGACCCUCAGGACCCAGUGGUCCUCCUGGUCCUCCAGGACCAGUAGGACUGCCCGGCGGUAUUGGUGCACCAGGACCUAAAGGAGAGGGAGGUGAAAGUGGAGCAAAGGGGGAACCAGGGCCUGUAGGAGAACCAGGACCUCCAGGAAUUGCAGGCCAACCAGGUCAAGCUGGUGAGGAUGGUGAGCCUGGGCCACGGGGACCACCAGGACCUAUCGGUCCCAAAGGAGAUGGAGGAGAGAAGGGUCUACCUGGGUCACCUGGCCCUCCUGGUGUGCCUGGUCUUAAAGGAGAAGGGGGUGCACCUGGUCCCGAAGGGCCUCAGGGUCCUAAAGGUAUUCCAGGGCUUGCAGGACCAGGGGGACCAAUUGGACCACCUGGAGCCCCAGGGCCUAAGGGAGAAGCUGGGCCUCCUGGCCAGGCUGGGCCUCCAGGUGAGGGAAGCGCUGGGUCUACAGGCCCUCUUGGUCCUCCUGGGCCUCCUGGCCCAAGUGGUUCCCCAGGCCAGCCAGGUCUACCAGGUCCUCCUGGUCCUCCAGGACCUCCUGGAUCACCUGCCCUAAACCCUGACCUCAUGGGUGUUCUACCUGAGAUGGGGCCAGCCCUGGAUGGAGUGAAGGCUAGUGGGUAUAUGAAAGGAAAGUAUGGAGGUGGAGCUGAUAUAAUGGGUUCUAGUGGUUUAGAGAUGCCUGCUUUUACUGCACAACUGACUACACCAUACCCUCCAGUUGGCACACCAGUGAUAUUCGACAAGCUAUUGUAUAAUGGCCGACAGAACUACAACCCACAGACAGGUGUGUUCACCUGUGACCUUCCUGGUAUCUACUACUUCUCAUACCAUGUGCAUUGCAAGGGUUCCAAUGUAUGGGUGGGUCUGUACCGAAAUGGAGAACCUGUGAUGUAUACAUAUGAUGAGUACAAGAAGGGUGUUUUGGACCAGGCAUCUGGCAGUGCUGUGGUUCCGUUACAGCCAGGAGAUACUGUUCACAUCCAGUUACCAUCUGACCAGGCAUCUGGACUCUAUGCAGGGCAAUACGUCCACUCUUCUUUCUCUGGUUUCCUACUCUACCCCAUGUAGAUCAAUAAAGAAGAUGGAAGCAUGAGAGAGAAGCAAUCAAAAGAAAAGGAAGAGGCACGAAAUUAAAAACGUACAUGGUUUAAACAUCAAAGUUACAGGAAAGGACCUCAUGAACUGUUCCUGUGAUGUCUUGCCAAUGAUCAUGCAUAUGUCUAGUAUUGUGUAUAUGCAGACACUAUACUACCUGUACAAAGACUGUAGCAACAAUUAAUUGCAUUCAGUUCAAAUAUUUUAAUUGGAGGUUUCUAGAAGGAGUCAAGCUAAUGUGGUGCUAAUAUACGUGGAUUUGUGUACUGAGCGUUAGAGUGUACACAUGAGAGUAUUUCCUAUUUUAUGACAAUGUGCUAUAUAUAGGAUGACCAAAGUGGCAGCUGCCCAAAGAUGACAAGACAGACCUAUUUUAAAAAAUAUUAAAAUUAUAAAUUAAUUGUUCUGACAUAUUUAAAUAUUUACUGAAAUGUACUGUAUAGUGAACAUAUUCUAAAGAAGUACCAUUUUUGUAAUGAUGCCUUCCCUCUAUAUUUUUAUCUAAAUGUAAUGUUUUUGCACAAACAUAAUCUAUUCACAACUGUUCUAAUUGAAUAACUAGAAUAACUAUAAUGAGAGCAAAUGUGCAUGUGUAUGCUGUGUGCACAUGUAUUUUUGUGCAUACAUUGUCAUAACCUGCUUGUAAAAUUAAGUAAAUUGGAAUAAUCUGACAGACUGUUGAGAGAUAUCUCAUCACAUUGCUCACUCAUUUUGAAAACCACUGAAUAAAUACUAUUAAAUUUUAAAGUUACAUUUGGAAAUUUAAGCCCUUAUUCAAAUCUCACAUAUUUAACAUGCCCAUACAUUCCAGUGGACAUCACUUUAAAACAGCCUAAUAAAACAUAUUCCAUCCAUAUAUCUUAAUAUUUUUCUCCUUUGCAUCAAUUUUCUUGCAAUAAAUGUUCCCUUAGGAAAAACUUUUUCAUAUAUGCUUGCUAAUUAGUGAUUGAUUAAAAGUUAAAAAGGGCUUGGAGAAAAAACUUUGUCCCUUUACAUAAAUGGUAAAAAAAAAAAGAUGAGUACUCCAACAAGAAGCCAAGUCUGAGUUGUUUUUAAAUAAUAAUUAAAUAAUUUGGUCUUUUUUAAUAAAUAAAGGAUUUAUAUCCAUUACAAA